AAGAGCCGCAUUGUCGAGUCGACCAGCCGAGGGGUGUGAGUGCGAAUCACUGAAAGAGGGAUUUACCCGAAAGCGUCGUCUGCUAGUAUCUGCGGCAAAGCUGACGUGUCCUCUCAUCCGUCAGCGGUAUCGCGUCGAGCUGACACAUUCCACGCGCGAAGUCGUGCCGAGAGUCAAUUGUUGUUGUAGUUGGAACGUUCGAGCGCUGUUGCAUCAGAUAAUUGUUAUCGCUACGCUAUACUGUACGAGUGAAUGAAGUGAAAUUCUGGAUAAUAGAAUUUGGAGUGUAAUUUUAGAACGAUGGAGAAAAAUCCUGUAUCCUUCCUGCAGGAGUACACAAUGCAGAGAAUGAAAGUGAUUCCUGAAUACACAAUUAUUUCCCAAACCACCGGAACUCACAUCAACUCUUUCAAUAUGAGAGUUAGCUUCAAUGGAUGCAGUGCGGAUGGAGUUGGUUCCAGUAAGAAAGAGGCCAAAUUGAACGCUGCCAUGAAAAUGAUUAAUAUGCUGAACAUACAGCAGCCUCGGUCUUCCUUUUCUUCGCAGAUUCAUAAUAAAAGCUCUAGCAGUAUCAGCUCUAUUGUUAAUAUUGCUAGUAAUAGUAGUAAUAAUAAUAAUAAUAAUAAUAAUAACAACAGUAGCCCUCUAAAGCUGCUAUCGAGUCCGAGCCAGUCACCAGUAAGUCCUGGCAUCAACUAUGUUGGCAAAUUACAGGAAUUUGCUGCUCUUCAAAUAAAUGGAUUUCUACCGGAAUACAAGCUAACAGGUGAAUCUGGCCCACCGCAUAAUCCAGAAUUUACUUUUGUCUGCAAAUAUCAAGGAAAAUCAGUAGAAGCAAAAGGAAGCUCGAAAAAAGAAGCCAAGGCACUAGCUGCUCAAAGAAUGUAUGAGACUGUAGCUAAAGAUGUGACAAAGUUGCAAGUUGUGGUACCAGAGACCCAAGUACAGAGUUAUAUUGAGACUAUAAAUGAAGGAUUAGAGCAGGUGAAAAUUUUUGAAACUAAUAAGAAAUUGAUGGAACAAUCUGUGAAAAAAGCUAAGUUAAAUUAUCCAAAAUUGACUACCACAGUUCAAAGUACAACUAUAUAUCCAAAUGAGACUAUUAGUAACUAUCACAAUCUGAUAAAGAAGUCAAUGUCAAUGAGAGAUCGUGAAUUUGUAAUAGAUAAACUUCAUGAUAUAAUGGAAGCAUGUAAAAGUUGCUUGUUUUUGGGUGACAGAGGUACUAAUCCUAUGAUUCUACUUAAAACAACUUUAAGUUCUGUAAACGUAAAAGUGAAAGAAGUAGAAUUCCAAACCAAAAGUAAUAAUUCCAUUUAUAGCAUGAUACUGGAAACACAGCCAGUCAUUCAUGAAAUAGCAUGUGGAAAAACUCGCAAAGAAGCUGAAGUGACAACUAUAUUUUUAAUAGCAAAAACUCUUACUAUAAUGUUGCUUUGAAAAGCAAUUCUGCAAAACAGUUGUUUCUUACUUAAAAUUGAAAAAAAUGUGAUAUUAACAGGUUCAUGCUAAUUCAUAAAAUUAUUCUUAGGCCAAAGAACUUUUUCUAAAUUCCCAUGUUGAAUAAAAUCAAUGAUUAACAUUUUAUUAUUCUGGAUUUUGGCGUGAACCUGUUAAGAAAAGUUUGGAAUUAAUAGUUUAAAGUAGUAUAAGAUUAGGUUACUACUAAAUAAAGGUUUACAUUUCUUAAGCUUAUAUUGAAUGAAUAUUAUCAAAUCAGUCUUCUAACUAAGAUGAGAUUAAAAUAUUUUGAUAAAGUUUAUGUUUGAGAUAAAAAGUAAUGGAGUAUAAACAAAAAAUUUUGUUUUACUGUGACAGCUACUACUAGUAGAAACACUAUUAUUAUGUCAUCAAUUGUUUCAAAGUUAAUGCGACUAUACAGUUUAGACAUGGAAGUUGAUUUUUGUAUGUAUUUACGUUUUUUUAUUGAUGCGGUCUGCACUUAUACAUCAAAGUUCAUUCUUGGUCCAUGUUUUUAUAAAUAACUGUACAUUAUAUUACAGUUAAAUUUUUGUAUAUUUUUAGAAUAAAAAGUAUAUACGUGUUAAAAAUCUCUCAAAAUUUUUACCAUAUCACCCAAAAACUAAAUUAAUCAUUCGUCUAAUAAAGAAUCAACCCUUGAACUCAUAAA